CAGGUCCAAACAGGACAAAGAGGCUUACACCUUGCUGCAAAAUGCCACAAUCAGAGUGACUGUGGACUGUGUACAACGAUAUGCUACCCCAUUGCUGAGACGAACCCCUCUGAGCUUACUCCAUGCAGAUAAAACAGCGGUUCUUCCCAGUUUACGCCGUACUGAGCGCAGACUGGCACGGGAUCCUGAGAGGGCUAAAGUUUACUGCAGUGAGAUCUGUAAGUUGGAGUCAGCUGGUUAUGUGGCUAAGAUAACUGCAGAGGAAGCGGACCAAAGUGUAGAGUCCUGGUUCAUUCCGCACCACAUGGUGCAACACAAUGGUAAAGACAGAAUUGUCUUCAACUGCUCCUUCCAGCAUCAAGGACAGUCUUUGAAUGAUCAGCUGCUACCAGGGCCAACUUUGGGACCAUCCUUACUAGGUGUUCUCCUGAGAUUCCGCCAGCACACUGUUGCUAUCAGUGGGGACAUCAAAGGUAUGUUCCACCAAGUCCGCUUGCUGCCUGGGGACAAAUCUGUACUGCGUUUCCUUUGGAGAGACAUGUGCAGGGAAGCAGAACCUGAGAUAUAUGAGUGGCAGGUGCUUCCGUUUGGCACUACAUGCAGCCCCUGUUGUGCCAUUCAUGCCCUCCAACACCACGUCCAAGGGCAUAAAGAUGAUAUGGCUGACUUAGUUGAUAUUGUGGAACAUUCAUUCUAUGUCAACAACUGCCUUCACAGUGUACCAACGACAAGUGAGGCUAAAGCGAUAGUGGAUGGGCUGCGCCAGCUCCUUUCCGAAGGGGGCUUCGAGAUUAGACAGUGGGCAUGCAAUGUGCCAUCGGUAACCCAACACCUACCUCCAGAGGCCAGGUCCACAAAUAGCGAACGCUGGUUAGCACAAAGCAGUACGGACCUUCAGGAACUCACUCUUGGUCUGCGGUGGGAUUGCAUCAAUGACACCCUAGGGUACAACUUGCGUUCUGUGGAGACUAUUGAGCCUACCAUGAGGAACAUAUAUAAAACUUUGGCGAGUCAGUAUGAGGUUUAUUAUCCCGUUCACGACCAGGGCCAAGGUUAUUAUCCAAGACCUCUGGAAGCACAACCUUGGUUGGGACGACCCCAUAGAGCUGUUACAUUUGAGAGAAAGUUGGCUCACCUGGGUAGGAGAACUUCCAACACUUACCAAGCUGCAGUUCCCUCGAGCAUACACCCCAGCCUCUGCGGACAACCCAUCGGCCAUUCGAGAGCUUCAUGUCUUUAGUGAUGCGUCGGAAAGGGCCUACGGUUCUGUGGCAUACCUACGCACCACAGAUGAUCAAGGACAGGUUAUUCUUACCUUUGUCUUGGCCAGGUCUAGAGUAGCACCUCGUAAAUGCCUGUCUAUACCUCGUUUGGAGCUGUGUGCCGCCCUUACUGGCGCCCAGUUGGGCAAGGUGAUCCAAACUGAGUUGACCAUACCUGUCCACAAAGUCACCUUCUGGUCUGACUCUACCACUGUGUUGUACUGGUUGACAUCUGAAUCCUGCCGCUACAAAGUGUUUGUAGGGACACGUGUGGCAGAGAUACAGACUUUGACAGAGAUGUCUGAAUGGAGGUGUGUGGAGUCAAGUCACAACCCUGCCGACCACAUUACACGAGGUCUUAGACUGACCGAGUUAGCAGGCCAUCAUCAGUGGAGCUCAGGUCCAGCCUUCCUGAUUCAGUCACCUGACCAAUGGCCAUCAAUGCCCAAAACUGAAGGAGAGCCUGACUGCAAUGAACUGUUGAAAUCAGUCUUUAUUGCAACUGUUUCAGUACCUAGUAGUUCUCUUCCUGAUCCAAGCCAAUUCCACACAUGGCAAGAGCUCGUCCUGGCCACUGUUAAAUCCCUGCAUGGGGUGGCUACCACCGACACUGACUCUCCUACGGAGGCUUCUGAAUAUAUUGAAGCGGAAAAGCUACUUCUGGCACAGGCUCAAAUGGAAUCCUUUCCUAUUGCGUGGGCGGACAGCUACGGCGUGCUAGUGACCUCGAACUAG